AACAGGAACCGGAAACCGGAUUACCAUUAUGCUAUCAGUACGCCGUAUUGUGAUGCUAGCACUCCUCUUCAUCUCGUAGAAGUUGGUUAAAUUUAGUUAUUCGUAAAUGUAAAAUAAUCUCAGCGUUGUCUGUUAGCUGCCUUGCGGGCUAACGUGAAUUACUAGUUAAACUAACGUUAGUUAGUUAUCUUAGCUCCAACGUUAGCGUGGCUGUUUGUUUUGUUGACGGCUAGCUGCAGCAGAGAAGAAGCUGUCAGGUGAUUAUGGCCGACCCUGCGCGGAUCAAAGCUGAGGGUACACCCGAGAGAGCGGCGUCUGCUAACGAGGAGCAUCCUAAAUCAGAGGUGACUGAAGACGUGGCGUCCACAGCGAAACCUACAGAUGAAAACAAAGAGGCGUUGUCACAAGAUCAGCCCAAACAGGAGCUUAAAUCCGAAAUGGCAGCUGGAGAUGAUGAGGAAGAAGGAACGUCCGGCCAGCCUUCUUCCAAAAGACUGAAGAUGGAGCCGGAGAAGAAGAAGGAGAAGCGCCACAAGGUCGAUGAGGAUGAAAUCCAAAAGAUGCAGGUUUUGGUGUCGUCGUUUUCUGAAGAGCAGCUGAAUCGAUACGAGAUGUACAGACGCUCUGCCUUCCCUAAGGCUGCUAUUAAGAGGCUGAUCCAGUCCAUAACCGGAUCAUCAGUGUCCCAGAAUGUAGUGAUUGCCAUGUCUGGUAUAUCCAAAGUUUUUGCUGGGGAAAUUGUUGAAGAAGCAUUGGACGUUUGUGAGAAGUGGGGAGAUACACCGCCGCUUCAGCCCAAGCAUAUGAGGGAAGCAGUGAGGAGGUUGAAGAGCAGAAAUCAGAUUCCCAACUCCAAAUACAAGCAUAUCCUCUUUCACUGAGGACACGGACAGAUAAAAAGUGGUGCUACAGCAUGUGGAAAACUUGUCAUGAAGCCUCUGCAGCCAGCGAGACACUGGUUAUCAUCUACUAACUAACCAGACUCAGUGUUAGUGACUGUAGUUUAAGAGAGGUCAAUGCCCUGACCUUCCAUUCACAACAUGCAGUUCAAAUGGUGUGAAAACAUAUUCAUGUAUUAUGGUUGUAAAUACAGUCUGUAUGUUUUAUACUUGCAUUCUUGUUCUUAAGUUAGUUUAAAGAACCAGUAAACUCUGGAGAAAAGCUUUUUUGGGUUGAAAAUGUGUGGUAUUUUAAGUUAAAAUUAGCAAAACGUCUAUCUUUUUUUGUUCUUUUCUAACCAUACAAGCAUUUUGAUUGAUAUUUCUAAAACAUUUGGAUCCUUUUUUGCAAAUUAUUAAAUCCCUAGUUGAUCACAUUACUCAUUUUUGUCUUAUCUUGUCUUUAUCUUAUCUCAGGAUAGAUUUAUUGUGUUUGACAAUACUAAAAUAAAGAACUACGUUUCAA